AAAUUGGAAAAUUUAAAAAUAGUUUAAACGAUCAAGAUCAAAAACAAGAACAGGAACAGUAUAUGAAAAAUUCCAAUAUAGCAAAAGUUUAUGUUCAAACUCAAUUAAGCAAGCAGCAUAAUUCAUUAAAUAUUUGUUCAAAACAAAUAAAUGCUAUUCCAG